CGUGCCAAGCAAAUCUCCUUAACCAUCCAGCGAGAGGGGAGGGGUUGAGGAUGGGGUUGGCCAAAGGCCUCGCCAUUGGAAGCAACGGCGUCACCUUCGCGAUUUCGUCGUUCUUGUGCUACUACGGCAGCAGAUUGGUGAUGUACCACGGCGCCCAAGGAGGAACCAUCUUUGCAGUCGGCGCUGCCAAUACCCUCGGCGGACUGGCUCUGGGUCAAGGUCUAUCCAAUCUGAAGUACUUCUCGGAGGUCACUUCCGGCGGAGACCGUAUAAUGGGGGUGAUAAACAGACUAGCUGAGAUCGAUUCCGACGACACCCGCGGCGAGAUUUUACCGGACGUUUCAGGGGAAGUGUAGUUCAAGAAUGUCGACUUCGCGUACCCAUCUAGGCCGGAAACCACGAUUUUCAAUGGCUUCAACUUAGAGAUCCCGGUGGGGAAGACGGUGGCCCUGGUCGGCGAAGUGGGUCAGGGAAAUCGACGGCGAUCGCGCUGUUGCAGAGGUUCUACGACGCACUUGCCGGGGAGAUCUUGUUCGACUGCGUGAACGUAGAGAAGGUUCAGUUAAAGUGGCUAAGGUGGCAGAUGGAGUUGGUGAGCCAAGAAUCGGGGCUUUUUGCAACCACCACUAGAGAGGACAUACUUUUCGGGAGAGAGGACGCCGGAACAGAGGAGGGGUGGUUGCGGCGGCGAAAGUCUCGAACGCCCAUAACUUCAUCUGUCAGUUGCCACAGGGUUAUGAAACCCAGGCACUUUCUCUCUCCUCACUCCAUGUUGCCCCACUGACUCCCAUGUCCUGUUUUAUUUCGAGGCAAAUCUUGUUAAGUGGUCCAACCAGAUUUGUUUGAUACGUGUCUAUGUUUUAAUUACCUAAUCCUUCAAAUUUAAUUUCGUUCAAUCAAACGACGACAUUAUAGAGUUA